GCUCUGGUCCCGCGCUUCCCCAUUGCCGUGGACCACCUCCGAGAGCUUUCGGGUGCCAAGAAGCUGGAGCUUCACUCCAUGUAUGGCAUCACUGCAAGCUGCCUCCGUGAAAUCUUCCUGGAACACACCUCGGACCCAGCUCGCUUUCACGAGCUUCUCUCCUACGGCCUCCGGGAGUGCGUGGCUCGAAGAAACGUGCCUUCAGCACGCGAGAUCGUUCGAACAACUUCGCCCAUGAUGGUGGGCUUCAGCUUGAGCCAGGAGGUGGCACAACACGAGCGUGGCUUUAUCGACGAGGUGCUGUCUCUGUGCGAGUUCCUACCCGGGGGCAGCGAGGACUUGCUGGUGGUCCUCGGGGCCAAGGUGAUGCUGGCCGAGUUUCGAUCUGGGCGAACACAGCGCCGAAUCGACGUCGCCAUCAGGGAUGUCGGUGCCUGGUUGCAGCGAGUAUCCUCUCAGUGCACAGUGUGCGAUGUCUUCAGCUGGGUGGAGACUUGGAAGAAGGAGCGUGGCUCGCGCAUGUCGUCCUUCAUCAGCGGCAAAGCGGUGGCGAACCGGAGCGACUUCCUGAGGCAUUUGAAGAAGCUCAGGGAUGCAGAGGACGGCGAGGCUUAUGUGAGGGAGCUCUGUGAGGUGGUGCACGCCUUGCGCAGCCCGUGCCUUCGAUUCCGAAUCUUGCGCGAUGUCGUGGGGCUGGACGACCGCUUCUCGCGCAAUGUGAUCCAUGCAAUCGUUUGCUUUGCAUUCGAUAUCUUCGUUCCCCGCGCACGCUCCGCCUUCGAAGUGGACGAGGCGACGCGGCUCGAGGUGGAGGAGUCUGAGAGGAUUUUCCGGCGGCCUUCACGUGAGAUCCUUGGCGUGGAGACCCCGGAGCUCUUCUCUGCGGACCCCUUGGGACUGCAGCCACGGCUCUCGCGAGCUCAGUAUCGCCAGAACCGCAGCCGCAAGAACUGA